CUGGUGGUUACUGCACAAUGGGAGCUGUCCGUCGGUAACGGCUUCGCGUACACAGUAUUUAGUGCUUUUGGCCUGUUCUAUGCGGGCUAUGGUGCGAUCUUAACACCAGCCUUUGGUGUGCAGGCAGCGUAUGGAGACAACGUGAAGGAAUACAACAACGCUCUUGGGUUCUUCAUGAUCAUGUGGACGGUUUUCGCCUUGGUGUUCCUUGUAGCCUCGUUGCCGACAAACUUGGUAUACAUCAUCAUCUUCUUCUGCGUAGAGCUAGGAUUCCUCUUAGUCUCGGCGUCUUACUUUGCCGUGGCAGAUGGACAUCCAGCUGCGUCGAUCUCUCUCAAGAAGGGCGGUGGUGCAUUCUGCUUCUUGGCUGGACUGACUGGGUGGUACCUGACGUUCGCUCUGUUACUCAAAGACUCUAUUGUCGAGUUACCACUUGGCGACACUUCGAGGUUCUUUGCGAAGAGCAGAAAGGCGCAGUGA